CUUUCCUUGUAUUCUACUCUUCUCUUCAAGUGAGGGGAUUGGAGAGCGAGAGAGAGAGAGAGAGAGGGAGGAAGCGAUGGAGAGGACCACGCCGGUGAGGAAGUCGCACACCUCGACGGCGGAUCUAUUGACGUGGACGGAGGCGCCGCCGGUGGCUCCGCCGACGGCGGACUGGGGAUCGCGCCGGCCGCACCAGCCCUCGGGAGGGAUCAGCAAGGUGCUGUUCGGAGGGCAGAUGACAGAGGAGGAGGCCGAGAGCGUGCUCAAGAGGAAACCUUGUUCAGGUCCAAAGUUAAAAGAAAUGACUGGUAGUGGCAUAUUUGCUGCUGACAGUGAAGAUGGUGAAGCAGAAGCUGGCAGUGCUUUCUCAACCCCUAAUAGUCGAACCGGUUCACGAAUUUAUCAGCAAAUGGUUAGUGCAAUUAGCCAGAUCUCAUUCAGUGCUGAUGAGAGUGUUACUCCCAAGAAGCCAACCUCGAUAGCAGAGGUGGCAAAGCAGCGAGAGCUAAGUGGAACUCUGCAGAGUGAAUCAGAAGCUAAGAUGAAGAAACAAUUAUCUGAUGCUAAGUGCAAGGAACUUAGUGGGCAUGACAUCUUUGCUCCUCUGCCUGAAAUUUCACCCAAGCCACUUGCAGCACAGGAUUUGGAGAUGAAGGGCAAAGACAUUAGAGAAUCCACUCCAAGGAACUCACACCCCUCCACAGUCUCCAAUUCUGCAGGGAAUCCUAGCAGUUUCUUGUUUGGUGAGGAGCCUGUGCUCAAAACAGCCAAAAAGAUUUACACUCAGAAGGUGGCAGAACUGACAGGCAAUGACAUUUUCGUGGGAGAUGCACCACCAGGAUCUGUCGAAAAACCACUGAGCGUGGCAAAGAUGAAGGAGAUGAGUGGCAGUAAUAUCUUUGCAGAUGAAAAGACCACAUCUCGAGAUUACUUCGGUGGCGUCCGCAAGCCUCCUGGUGGUGAAAGCAGCAUCACACUGGUUUGACUUAUCUAACAAGUCAAAUUACUGUGCUGGCUUUCUGCUUCUAGUGGAAAGAGUGUUUGUAUGGACUGGUGAAGUAGUGGUUUCUGCAUCUGCUUGAUGGCAUGCAUGUUUGAUCUUACCCUGAUUUGAUGAGAUGUGGCAGUGAUAAUCUAAUUUAACAUUUCAAAUUGCAGAGUGGUUGCGAAGAAUCUAAUGCAACAACCAAUCUAAGGAGCAAUUUCUGCUUCAUUUUACAAUG